UACGAUUUCUCCGAAGCUUUUCCCAAGAAAAACAACCCACAAAAUUCUCCCUUUUCUUAAAUACAGAUAUACAAUUAUACCGUAUUCCAAGUUUAUUCCUGUUCACAAUUCCACUUUAGAUCCUUUUUUCUUCUCGUACUAACCGUAUCUCCCUAUGUUUACGUUUACAGACAAAACCAUCCUAUGUUUCAUCUCAUUAUAACUCUCAGUCAGUCUAUUCUAUCAGAAGUACGUGUGGGACAGUUUUUAAGGAAAGAUAAGAAUGGUUGUUUACAAUAAUCCAUGUGAGUUUAAAGGGCAGAAAUGUCUAGAGUAUAUUGAAGCUUUAGAAGAAGAGCGCAAAAAGAUUCAAGUGUUCGAACGCGAGCUUCCUCUUUGUCUUGAGCUUGUUUCUCAAGCUAUAGAAAGAUGCAGACAGCAAAUGACUCUGGGGAUCAAUGAAUCUCUUGAUGGUCAAUCUGAUCAAACAACCAAUGAGUGUCCAGUUUUGGAAGAAUUUAUCCCCAUGAAAUCAACUUCAUCUACAAAUGAAGAUGUUGAUGAUUUGCAACAAAAGCAACACUCAUCUCAUAAAUCCAAGAUCAUUUGUAGCAAAGACUGGCUUGCAUCCGCUCAACUCUCAAUUCAAACCCCGGAUCCACCGCUUGAAGAGGACUUUCUGUCGAAGAAGUUAUUGUCUAAGAAGGAAAAGGGAUACGGAUGUGGCACUUUUCAUCUUUUCCAAAAGAAAAAAACUUCCACCAGUCCUUCAACAGACACGGAUGGUGGUGGAGGUCAGAGUGGUGGCGGUGGUGGUGGUCACAACGGCGGGAGCAAUGGAGAAGAUAAAGGGCAUUCUAAUAAGAAAGAAAGGAGGUGUUGGUCUCAGGAAUUGCACCGACGGUUCCUCCAUGCUCUUCAACAACUUGGUGGAGCUCAUGUUGCUACACCUAAGCAAAUUAGGGAAUUUAUGAAGGUUGAUGGGCUGACAAAUGAUGAAAUUAAAAGCCACUUACAGAAAUAUCGUUUGCAUACAAGAAGGUUGAGUCCUACAACACCAGACACACACACUCCCCAGCUAGUGGUGGUUGGCCGAAUAUGGAUGCCACCACUCGAUUAUACAACCAACGCCAUCACAUCUCCGCUAGCCAAUGACAUCAAGGAUGUGAAAGCAGUAUACGCCCCAAACGCGUCUCUACCAGCGUGUACUACCACAUCUUUCUACAAAACAAAACAAUGCAAGCAAUAAUCCCAUUUGGUAGAAAACAAAAAAAAAGGUGGCGACAACCACCUUAGCAAUUUUAAUUUACCUCCUCCGUGCAAAGGACAACAAGAAGGCAAGUUGAUGAAUAUCAUCGGCAUUCCCAUACGUGUUUUUUGGAACUUCCUGUACUACUAGUCAGUUCGCUACCUUUCUAAACGAACUUCAUAGAAUGGGUAGCUAACCAUCUAGAAAUAUAAGAAGUUUUAAAAACAUUAAGAAGUAACAGUCUUGUUUCUAAAGAACCUACUAUGAAAAAAAUAUCUGUCCAUUGUUUUCUUGGA